UUCUGCAACAUUUUUUUUCUUAUUCUGGUGCAAAAAACUUCUGCAACAUUUAAUAGAGAAGCAGCAGUACUUUGAUCUCCCCACUCCAUUCCUUUCAGAGAAAUCUGCGACGUCCAAUCUCUCGCUGGAUUUGAUGCUCUCUCUCCCUCAAUCACAUGUAUAAACGUGAAACUCUUCUCAAUUUUUUGGUUGUUUGAAGUCCGGGGUGAAAAUCGCUUGAACUCUUUAGAUGGGGGCGGGCAGAAAAACCACAACGAUUACUCUGAGUGAGAAGUAUGAAGAUCCCUGGAAAGCUAACAGUGGUGCACCUGCUAGAAAUCUGACCAAAGGCGAACUCGGAUCCAUUGUAUUUGGAUGCAAGCACAGUACUAAGAAGGAAUGCUUAGAUAAAGGGCUUUUUGGGUUGCCAGCUGCACAUUAUUCAUACGUGAAGAAAGCCAUCCCUGGCCUUACACUCUUUCUCUUCAACUAUAGUGACCGGAAGCUUCACGGUGUUUUUGAAGCAAUAUCGUGUGGACAGAUGAAUAUUAAUCCGAAUGCGUGGAUCACUGCAAGUGAGGGUUCUGAGACUACACCAUAUCCUGCACAGGUACGGGUCCAUGAAACGUGUAGAUGCAGUCCUUUGCUAGAAGAAGAAAUGAAACCUAUAAUCGCAAAGAAUUACUACACGGAGAAGUUCUUUUGGUUUGAGCUUGAUAAAGAGCAGACAAAAAGAUUGAUGGCACUGUUCAAACCAUCUCCAUGGCCAGAAAACAAUUUCCGCCCCUCAAAUGCAGAUUGGAAGAGAAACAUUACCAAUGUGCCGUCCAGUUCUACUGUAAUGAACUCGGGAGAACGUCUUGAAAUGGCAGAGGCAAGGUUAAAAGGGAAACAGCAAUCAAAUGGAUCAAUCACUAACAGAGAUGUUUUUUCUCCGGAGAAGAAAUGGAGUGAGCUGUUCAAACCUUCAUCUUCUUCAUCAGCAGCGAUCCAUGCUGAAGUUUUCGAACCUCAGAACGUGUUGAGUCCAUCAGCAUCAGAAUCAGAAUGGUUUGAUGCGUCUGCCUCGAAUUCUAAUGCAUGGGGUGAAUUGCCUCCUGAAGCUCCUUAUGCUGCAGCUGAUGUUGAGAGUGACUCAAGUGUUGUGGAAUGUUGGGAAGAUAGCAAUCUUGUUGACAGUUAUUUGGAAGAGAUAUCUGAAAACAUUGUGCAAUAUCAUGAUGGAGACACAAGUAUGCCUGAUCCAAAAGACAUGCCAUCUUCGGAGAAGAUGACUCUUUUCGAUGGAUGGGGUGAUCCUGUGCAACCUGAGGAACCUGAAGAAGAUAGCAAGGCAAACAACGGAUCAAGCCUCCCUUUGGCAACCAGCGAGCAUAUGACUCUUUUCGAUGGAUGGGGUGAUCCUGUACAACCUGAGGAACCUGAAGAAGAUAGCAAAGCAAACAAUGGAUCAAGCAUCACUUUGGCACCCGGUGAGCUUAACUUGAUGGAUAGGAGGGUUCAAGAUCACAAGUCUGAAGAAGAUAUGCAAUAUCCCGAUUUUCUGCUUAUGAUCACUAAGGUGAUAGAAGAAGUUAAAGAGUUGAAGGUCUUCCAGUUCAAUCAAAAUCUGAAAACUGAGACUCUGGAGCUGGAGUUGGUACAUUCCAAACAAGAACUUGAUGAAUUGAAGAAGAGGUGCCAAAAGCUGGAAGAUACAUAUGACUGUGCUUCACAUGUUUCAAUGAAGAACAAUUAACUCCCUAGCUUUCCACUUUAUUUUAAUCAACAAUUUGCCAUAAAUAAAUUUUAAGAACUUUCCUUUUUAUGGGAAAUACUACAUGUAGAAGUUCAUCUUCUCUUUAAAUUUAAAGAACUUUCUUUUGAUGGGAAA